CAGCAACAAAUAUUUUCUCUCAUUCAUUCAAAAGUUCAAACCAAAGCAAAACGCAACUCUUAACGAAGAUAAUGAUGAUGAAGAAGAUUUUUGUUCAGAUCGCAGUGUUUUGUCUAUUGGCUACCUUCGCAGCCGUCUCCGGCCACGAAGGUCAUGUUCACAGCCCAGCUCCGGCACCGGGACCGGCAUCUAACUCAGCCGUCGUUCCAACCACCAACAUGUUAACCGGAUUGGCAUUUGCUGCCAUGGCUCUUGUUCUUGGUCUCAACCACUGAGUCAUCAUCACUACAUUCAUCGUUUCUUGUUUUGGUUCAGUUUCUAUAAAUUUGUUAAUUUAAAUGUUUUUUUUUGUUUUUAUCGAAAUUUCAUUUUGUUGUUUAUCUUAUUUGGUGAAUAAAAAAAAAACUCUAUUGGACGUAUGUUUUUCUGUUAUGAUUUGGAUUUUAAAUCCGAUUCAUAGGAAACGAGACACAGUAUCAAUCUCAAUGUAAAAUUACGAUAUAAUUUGCAAUCACUAGAUUCUA